AUGCGAGAUCCGACGGUCUCAAUAUCUCUUCAUCAUCCACACCGGGUAGAUCCACCGUCGGAUCGACCCGCGUGUACGUGCCAUUCGGCAAAUCAGCAUCCGGAAUUCCCAUUGGACCGUCUGCCUGACGACGUGCUCUCAUUGGUCCUCCAGCAUCUCUCCCGCAACUCCCUCGCGCACGCCUUCGUCUGCAAGCGCUGGUUCCGCCUCACGUGCCUCGCGCGCGUCUACCUCAAGGUUCCGCGCGCCGUGCACUCCGCGCAGCUUCUCUCCGCCGUAGACACAUUCCCGACAUUGUCACAACUCGAUAUAGCGGAGAACACCGUUCCGCACGCGACAGACGAACUCCUGCGCGGAAUUUCCGCGCGCUGCCCCAAUCUCACGCGCCUGCUCAUCGGGUACCAGUUCCGCGCGCGCUUCUCCCCCGCGGGGCUCUCCGCGCUCUUCCGCGGGUGCGCGCGCCUGCAGCAGCUCCGCCUGUUUUCCCUCAGCGGAAUCUCCGCACUUCCCGCGUCCCUCACGCUCCUUUCCCAGCUAGAAGUUCUCGAAUUAGAGGUCCUUCGUUUGCUGCCCGGCAGUUUCGGGCAGCUAGGGUCGUUGGCGGUGCUGAAGCUCGAGGCCAAGUCUUUGGAGGAGCUGCCCGAGAGCCUGGGCAGGCUGAAAAACCUGCAGCGAAUGUGGCUGACAAACUGCGAGAGUCUGUCCAAACUUCCCGACUCGUUCGGGCAGCUUUCCAACCUAUCCUUCCUCAGCAUUCACCUCUGCGACCGGCUUCGGUCGCUCCCAGAAAGUUUCAGCUUUCUGCCCGCUUUGGAAACCCUAAAACUACACGAGCUUCCGAGCCUGCGCACGCUGCCCGAACUCUUCGGGCACCUGCCGAAGCUGAGAAUUCUUGACAUGAGCACAUGCGGGGUGGUGCGCCUCCCUCUCUCUCUAUACCUCUUAGCCCGCUUGGAACGACUCAGCAUAGCAGCUUUCCCGGACCUCCCCCACGUGCCCCCUCUCACCGCGCAACUCCUCGCUCUGCCGCCCCGCCCGCUCCACCAAUCCCUCCUGCCUGGCACCGCCUCUGCAUCGCUUGCGUCCCCCUCCCCCUCCCAAGCGCCUUCGUCUGUUGCUCGAGAGGGUGUUUCUGGGGGAUUCGUCUCCCCGCCUCAUCCGAAUGUGGGCCAGGGUCACCAGGGGAGGGCGCGGCCUAUUGGGCUUUGUACUGGGUUGGGUGGGCGCAUACGGGAAGAGACAUGCGAGGAUGAAGCGGAUAAGGAGGAGGAGGAUGAAGGAAUGGAGGAGAGGGAGGACGAGAUGCAGCUGGGGGUGGUGCCGUCGCAGCAGCAGCAGCAGCAGCAGCAGCAGCAAGAGGAGGGUAGGCCGUGGGAAUGGCAGGAGCAGCAGGAGGGGAUUCAGGCUGGGGAGUUUUCCCACUGGAGAGUGGGGAGGCAGUUUCCUGCAUCCUCGUUAGGGCUGUCCUCGUUAGUGAUACUAGAGAUGACGGACCACACUGGGAUCCUUGCCCUACCCGAAGACCUAGGGUGCCUGCCCAAGCUGGAGCUUCUCAGGCUUGUCAGACUGGACAAUUUCACGGUCCUGCCCGAUUCGCUCGGGCAGCUGAAAUCCCUGCGCAAGCUAAUGCUUUCUCAGCUGCCCUAUCUGGAGUACCUCCCUGCCUCUCUCCCACAACUGCCAUCCCUCGAGCUGCUGGUCAUUCACCAAUGUGCCAACCUGGCAUCCCUGCCACGUGGCACAAUCUCAGGCCUUCGGAACCUGUCCAAGGUGGCACUUAUUGAGUGCACAAGCUUGUGCCGUCUGGAUAGCGAAGACGCGAAGGCCAGCAGGGGUGGAACGGACACGUUACGCCAUGUGCUUGUCUUUGAUUGUGGCAUGAAGUCCCUUCCACCAUCUCUUCUACAUGUGGAGUCAUUACAGACUACCCUUCGCAUGAUCUGGGUGUAUCAUUUAUACAACCUGCCCGACUCUCUCGGGCAGCUCUCAAAUCUCCGUUUUCUGGAGCUGGAGCAGUGCACAGCUCUUCGAGACCUGCCCGGCCCGGUCGACUCCCCUUGCCAAGGCCAGAUCUGGCUGCCCGCUCUCGAAAGUCUUCGUCUGGUGGGACUCCGCCAUCUGGACUCUCUCCCUCCACUCGGGCAGCUGAAAAACCUUCGCAGGCUGACCGUGUCACUUCUAUCGAAGCUUGACGAGCUUCCUCCGUCUCUCUCCCUGCUCUCCAACCUGCAAACCCUAGUCAUCCAUGGCUGCUCGCAGCUGAAAUCCCUCCCUCGCAACGUUCCCUCUGCCCUUUCCUCUCUCUCCUCCCUCUCGAUUCGCUCCUGCUGCAGCAUAAAAGAUCUGGAUUUUCUUCCGUUUUGCAAUGGUGCUAUGGAGGCAUGUAGUGUGGGUGGGGUGGAGGGGAGGGUGACCAGUGAAGCGGUGAAGUGCAAUGCGUUACGGUGCGACAAUGUGGAGGGGGAUUCGUCGCCUGAAGCUGAAAUGUGCACAUUAGCAGGUGCUGCCAGAGGUGCUGUGGCUGCUUCCAUCUGUCCAAUGUGUGCACCAUUUCAAUCACAAGUGGAUGGGCGGUAA